CUCCUUCCACCCUCACUUGCAAAUUACAGAAGCGAGCGAGAUAAAGAGAGAUAAGGCACUACUCAAAAUCAAUAGCAAGAAAAAUGCCUUCUGCUCCGUCUUUAACUCUGAUCUCAAAAUGCACUGUCUUCCCAGACCAGAAAUCCACCAUGGAAGACCUUAAGCUCUCAGUCUCUGACCUUCCAAUGCUCUCUUGCCACUAUAUCCAAAAGGGAAAUCUUUUCACUCGUCCUCCGAUUCCAAUUGAAUCCCUUGUUUCCCUUCUUAAAAAUUCUCUCUCUCAAACACUUUCUCAUUUCCCUCCUCUCGCUGGUCGCUUGAAAACAGACUCCAAUGGUUACGUAUACAUAACCUGCAACGACGCAGGGGUUGAUUUCCUGCAAGCCAGCGCCACCCAUCUCUCCAUUCGAGAUAUUCUUUCUCCGUUUCAUGUCCCGGAGUGUGUCGAGAGCUUCUUUGCUUUUGAUCGGACGGUUAGUUACGAUGGACAUUGCAAGCCAAUCUUGGCUGUUCAGGUGACUGAGCUAGCAGACGGUGUUUUCAUAGGUUGUGCCUUGAACCAUUCCGUCACAGAUGGGACUUCCUUCUGGAACUUCUUUAACACCUUCGCCGAGCUUUCUAGAGGAAUCAAGAAAAUAAGGCGCCAGCCCGAUUUUUCAAGAAACUCGGUGCUGAUAUCCCCGGCAGUGCUUCAAGUCCCCGAGGGUGGCCCCAAGGUCACUUUUAAUGAAAACGAGCCAUUAAGUGAAAGAAUCUUUAGCUUUAGCAGAGAAGCGAUUUUGAAGCUCAAAGCCAGAGCUAACAACAAGAAAUGGAUUGACAAUUCAAGCAUUGACCCAGUCGAAUUAAUGGGUAAACAAAGUAAUGAUCCUUUAUAUCGUCAAAGGAACGGAAAGGCGAUGACUGAAAUUCUUGGAAACUGGUUAAAGAACGCCGUUUCGAAACCUCAAGAAAUGGAGUCCAACAAAACUCCAGCGGCGGGGGAGAUUUCUUCUUUUCAAUCAUUGUGCGCGCUGCUGUGGAAGGCGGUGACGCGGGCGAGGAAGCUUAACCCAACUAAAACGACGACGUUUAGAAUGGCAGUGAAUUGCAGACACCGGUUGAACCCGAAACUGGAUCCGCUUUAUUUCGGGAAUGCAAUUCAAAGCAUACCCACCUACGCAUCAACCGGUGACGUUUUGUCUCGGGAUCUACGCUGGUGUGCCGAGCAAUUAAAUGAAAACGUGAUAGCUCACAACGACGCAACGGUACGUCGUUUUGUGGAGAACUGGGAGGAGAAUCCACGGUGUUUUCCGCUGGGAAACUUUGAUGGUGCAUCAAUGACCAUGGGUAGCUCGCCUAGAUUUCCUAUGUAUGAUAACGAUUUUGGGUGGGGCCGACCUUUGGCCGUUAGGAGUGGUAGGGCCAACAAGUUUGACGGUAAGAUCUCGGCCUUUCCUGGGCGGGAAGGUGGCGGCAGCGUCGCCUUGGAGGUUGUAUUGGCGCCUGAAACAAUGGCUGGGAUUGAGCGUGAUUAUGAAUUCAUGCAAUAUGUAUCUAAAUGAGUUGAUUCGGGGGAAUCAACGGUGAUGAUGAUGAUGAUAAUGCUUUUGUGUUGUUGAUGAUUUUCUUGUUAGGGUUUGAAUGUUGGUGAUUAAUUUGGAGGAUAACUUCAUCUUUUGUAA